UUUACAAGUUCGCUACCAGAUUACAAGUAUCACAGAAGUAAAGAAAGCUGUUUCCGUCCACACUUACUUUAAACAGUAAUUUGCAUUUGCCUUCCAAGUAAGUUAAUUUAACAAUAUGCCUCAGGAAAAUGGCAUUGACGACAAAACUAUAAAGUUGUAUAUAGGAGGAAUAGAUCCGUCAUGGUCGAACGAAAAAGUUACGGAAAUUUUGUCAAAGUAUGGUAAAGUUAAACGAACUGAUGUUGUAAAAAACUAUGCCUUUGCGUUUGUUGAAAACAAAGAUGAAGCUACAAAUAUUAUCAAUGGUGCAAGUGGUACCAUAACAGAUGGGUUCAAAAUUGUAGUUCAGAUUUCAAAAAACAAGCAAAAUUUGCCAGAAGGGGAUGAUUUAUGUUUUGAGUGUGGAAAGGGAGGCCAUUGGGCAAAAGAAUGUUCACAAAGGAGAGCUCGUUUGGAAGGAAGGCGUGGACAUACAGGGCCUAUUAGAGGUAGAGAUCCGUAUAGCAACAGUAGAGAGCGAUUUAAUGGACCUCCACAAAUUCCUAAUAGGAACACUUACUUACGAGAUUCUUAUCCUCGAAAUCCUUAUACACGUGAUGCAUACUAUAGAGAUCCAUAUGCUUGUGAUAUGUAUUCCAGGGAUCUUUAUUCACAUGACCCAUAUUUGUCAAGAGAUCCAUAUUGUCCUGAUCCAUAUGGUAGUGAAUAUGAGCUUGAUAGAUAUAGUGUCAUAGGUAGAUCUAGAAGUCCUAUUUUAAGAUCACCAUAUAUUAGACCUGUUGAUCCAUAUGCAGUUGCUCGAGAAAAGCUAGCAUAUGGAGAUGUUUCAAGAAUAGAUCCUUAUACAAUACGAAGAGAUCCCUAUGAUACAAUUCCGUCUGAUCCAUAUGCCCUUGCUUCUACUAGAAGAAUGGAUGUUUACGAGAGAGAUCCUAGAAGGGUUGAAAACUUUGAAAGAGAUCGCUAUGCAACUGCUGCUGGUCCUGCUGAUAAGAGAUAAAAGUAAUUGAAAGUAUUGAGAUGUGUUCACUAUUUGUUAUGUUUGGAUGAUGGGUUGUGAAGAUAUUUUGUUUGUGUGCUAUGGUAUUCAGUUAAAAUUUGGAUUGUUAAAAUGAGUCACUGCAACGCUUGAGAAGUUUACAAAUGCAAAUCACGUGUAUACUUGAGAAUGUCAUGUUUUGGUAACUGAUAUAAAAAAAAUAUUGAAGUAUUACGCCUAUGUGAUAAAGUGAGAGUAAUAUAUAAUUAUUUUAACGAGAUUCAUAUUAAUUUUUGGUGCUUAAAUACAUGUACUAUUUUAAAAUGGUUAAAUAUAUUAAUAUGUAUUUAGAUAUGGCACAUGACUAUAAAGGAUGUAAAUAGUUAUAUUUUUAAAAAUAUAUAUAUAUCAAUCAGCGAGAAUUUCUGA